AUGCAACAGAUGAAUGGCAGUCAUGAUGUUCUAGCGAUUGUAACCAAAGCUGCAGGUGGUACUUAUAGGGAUUUCAUUCGCAUGAAUCCUCCGGAAUUUCAUGGCGGAUUAGAUCCUAUAAAAGCACAUGAGUGGGUGGCUAGUGUGGAGGGAAUCUUUGAGAUCGUGCAUUGUAGUGAAGCGAACAAGGUAGUGUUUGCUUCUCAUUUGCUGAAAGGUCCAGCUAUGAGAUGGUGGAAGAGUGCUUCUGCUUUGAUGACUAUUCAGGAGGUACCUAAGGAAUGGGAUAAUUUCAAGACCACUUUUAUGGAGAAAUAUUUCCCUAGUUCACUGGGGACUAAAAAGGAAUUGGAGUUUCAACAGUUAAGGCAGGAGAACAUGUCAGUGGCUACUUAUGCUAAGAAGUUUGAAAUUCUAGCUGCUUACUCUAGGCAGGCCGCAUAUGCUCCUGAUGAGAGUUGGAAGAUAGAGAUCCAAAGUUCACUUCAAGGUUUUGGAGAGCCUUCCAACAAGCUAUGGGAUCCAGGUUGUGUUUGA